AUGUGGUACGCCGCCAAGGAGCAGCAUGAGCUCUGGGAUGACAUUGUGGCCGCCAUGAAGGCCGCAGAAGUGCCCGAAGGCUCCUUUACACAUGUCGGCUGGAUGUUCCAUGGCUCCGAGAUGACGGGCGAGUACAAGGAGCAGAACCUGAAGUUCCUGGCAGCAUUGAAGCCCUACCUUGCGGAGGGGGCUCGUGUGGACAUUCUCGCAUGCGAGAUGGUCGCGGGACCCACCGGGCUGAAGAUCUUCAAAGAGUUGGAGCAAGAGUCGGGCAUCAACCUCGCGGCCUCCACCGACCUCACAGGGAACUCUGCGGUUGGUGGCAACUGGAUCCUCGAAACUGACGGUGUGGAUGUCAAGCAGCAAUAUUUCACCGAUGCCAUCAACGAGUUCUCAGAGACGCUCUUGGGGUUUGCCAUGCAUAGAAAGAUCGUGAGGUCGGCACAUCGACGCAGAGGUUAG